ACUGAGCAACACUCGAGGGAGAGAGAAGCAGAAGAAUGGGGUUUGAGAAGAAAGAUCUCGAUGUGGUGUUGGUUCCGAGUGGCUUGCUGAUUAUGUUCGGGUACCAUCUGUUCCUCCUCUACAGAUACCUCCAUCAGCCUCACACCACUGUCAUGGGCUUUGAGAACUACAACAAGCGCCUCUGGGUUCAGGCCAUCAUGCAGGGUGAGAGGAGGGACAUCGGCUCGUGCGUCUCAGUGAUCUCUUCGAACAUAUCCGCAGCGACGUACCUGUCCUCUGUCUCGCUCACCCUCUGCUCCGUGAUCGGGGCUUGGAUCAGCAACAACACCAACAACUUCUUCGAGAGCGGCCUUGUCUAUGGUGACACCGACUCCACCACUGUCUCCAUCAAGUACGUCAGCCUCCUACUCUUCUUCCUCAUCGCCUUCUCAUGCUUCGUCCAGUCUGCCCGCCACUUCGUCCACGCCAACUACCUGAUCAGCACGCCGAGCCUGAGCGUCCCUCUGAAGAGGGUCGAGGUUGCUGUUAUCCGAGGCGGCGAUUUCUGGUCUGCUGGCAUUAGGGCACUGCACUUUGCUCUGAACUUGCUCUUCUGGUUCUUCGGACCAAUACCCAUGUUUGUUUGCUCCAUUUUCAUGGUCCUAUUCUUGCACUAUCUCGACUCGAGCUCCACUCCGUUGAUUGAAGAGUUUGAUGGGAGGCAAGUGGUGAAGAAGGUGGAGCAGAGACUGUCUGAGAUGGCAACGGCCAUUCACAUGCCUUCUCAUCAGAAUUAGAUCAGGCAGGAAGAAAAAAACACUGUCAGAAUCUUUCUUGAGGUAGAUAGGCAAUCCUUUGCUAUAAACUGCAUCAAUUGUACUCAAAAACAGGAAAGGUACUUUACAGUUUAUACAAUCAGCUCUUAUAUUC